AUGCUAAGUAGCGAUCUUAGCUGUUAUAAAUCAGUGGAGAACAUUCAUGGGUUACUGGGCAACAACGAAUAUUCCGAUGAAGAAAUACACGUUAGUUGUGAGGCAGCCGGAAGUAGAAAUAAGGUCAACUUGGAAAAUGUGACGCGGUCAUCCCUAUACGAAGUUUUAGGGGAUGAUAAAAUUCCUGAAUUUUAUUGGCAGGCAUUAGAAGAUGCUGUGAAAAGGAGAACGAAGAGAACACCUUCGAAAGUGUCAGUUGAUCCAAAGAGUACUUCAGUUCCUUCUCGGAUGCCAUGGAGGAAUAAAUACGCUAAUUCAUCGGAACUAUUUGGCAAGCUUACCACGUGUUCUCCACGUCCAGGACAGCCAGUGCUAUUUCAAAGUUCAAAGCCAACUGCACACCAUACAGGCCGCAGUUUCACAGGCCGAAUGCAACAGGACAAACAAUGUACUAAUCCAAGAUCGAAUUAUUCUCGAUCAGUUGGCUUAUGCCAGAAAGCAGGUCCUCACGGUGAGGAUUUGUAUAGAUCGAUCUCGGCCACGCUUUCUACACAAGAAACUCGAACAUGCGAUUUACACACUCCUCCAUCGCCAUUGAGAAGCCUUACUCCACCUUUCUGUACCCCGAACACAAAAUCAUAUAAUUCAUCGGAUAAGCUGUCUCACUCAAAGAAUAAGGACGUAUCGGGUGGUAAUGACAAAGUGUUGUCUAAGGGUAACAUAAGUAGGCUCAGUCCAAGUAAUAGGGAUAAAGUGACACAAGAUUUACGGCAAUCUCCCAAAUUCACAAAUCCAACCAGAUUAACAAGAACACUUCCUGCAGUUGUGGUGCGAUCAACAGCACUCAAGACUGACUCAUAUGGAGGUCGACCGGCCAUGACCAAGGAUAAUCAGACCCAGACGGAUCCAGUUGCACCUAAAAUUGAGACUAAUCGACGACGAACCGCCAGAUCUCCAAUAGUCUCUGGUGAUCAAUCGAUCAGCAGUACAGCUCGAUGCUUCACGCCUUCAACCGUGGAAGACGUGAAAGUCAACCCAGAAAGCCAAAAGCAUAAGAAACCCGUAGAUUACUCAAAUAUAAGUUGCGGCAGAUGUGUGUCACCAAUGAGUGUGUCUCGAGCAAGUAUUCUUGGUUUGCCCUCACCACUGGAUAGAUGGGAUGAUGAACCUUCCCCAACCUGGGAAAACCUAGAGACAGCGGACACCUGUCCACCAUUGUCAAGCCCUAAACUGUCAGCGCUAUCCCCGGCUCGUGCUCAAAAUAUAUCUUACCCUUUGGAAAACGAACAAAGCGGUAAAUGCGUUGGUAUGGCGAAAAAGCUGUCGAUACCGGGAGUGUACUCAUCUAAAAGGUCUUAUGUGAAGAAACCAGGUGGCACAAUGAAAGCAAUGGUCAAAAGGUCCCGGAGAACUUUUCGCAUCAAUUCUGAGACUUCAGCCCCCACCAGAAAUACUUCUGCUCCGCCUGAUGUAGCUAAAGAUCAUCCUACGGAAAAUCUUUUUCAGUCGGCUCUGAAAAGUAAACAUCCGGACAAAAUGAGCCCAUCGCAAAAAUCACCAAGUCCGAGUUCUGAUCGACACACUUGCAGAACACAAGAUACACAAUGCAACGGAGCUUGUUAUCUUAGAUGUUCAGUACCAGUUCUUCACAACCCUGUUUUAUCACCAAGUUAUCCGCUGUUUGCUUUAGCCUGUCCGGUCAUGCCGUUUCUUACGUCCAACACACGCCCGUGCCACAGAUGUCAAAAUUUGUCCACCCUUCAAACGGACCUACAUAAGUAUGCUUCACAGGGUCUUCCCUCCUUUUGGUUCGACAGCCAAAUACACAGAAAUAGUGGACAGGCGGAUUCAAAAUCACCUUAUCUUUCCAAAAGUGAACCUUUUUCAUUAAAUGACUCGUCGAGAACUUCGCGUAUCCGCCGAAAACGGGAAAAGUGGAACUUUUGA